GAGCUUCAGAAAAAGAACUGAAAAAGCGCACUAUGGCUGCUAAUACAGUACUUUGUUGAUGCAGAAGAAUAUACUGUUUUUGAUCCUGUGUGCAUGCACAAGUAGUAGCAAGGUUCAACACCAGGGUUCAAUCAGAUACAGAUAUGGAUACCCCAGUAAGAAGAUGAAUGGGAGAAGGUGUUCAGUUAGAGUUGAAGGUGGGAAUGGAAUGGUUGUUCCGAGUUCAGAGGAAGAGAAGAGGAAGCUGAGAGUGUUGGUGGCUGGUGGAGGCAUUGGUGGCCUUGUUUUGGCUCUGGCUGCAAAGCACAAAGGGUAUGCAGUGAAGGUGUUUGAGAAGGAUUUAAGUGCUGUUAGAGGUGAAGGUAGGCACAGAGGCCCAAUUCAACUCUUGAGCAGUGCCCUUGCUGUGCUGGAAGCCAUCGAUCAGAGUGUUGCAUGGAAGAUAAAGGAGGCUGGCUGUGUCACUGCCAAUAGGACUAAUGGCCUUGCUGAUGGUCUAUCUGGAGAAUGGUUCGGUGAGUUUGAUCUUUUGACUCCUGCUUCAAGGAAGAGGCUUCCUCUUACCCUAGUCAUAUGUAGGAUGACACUGCAAGAUAUAUUAGUCAAUGCAGUUGGUCCAAAUAUACUAAGAAACAAAUCUAAAGUUGUGGAUUUUAUUCAGGAACCUAGCAAGGUUAGAGUGAUCCUUGAAAAUGGUGAGCAACAUGAUGGUGAUAUCUUAAUAGGAGCAGAUGGAAUAUGGUCAGAAGUUCGUUCGAAACUCUUUGGGCGCCAAGAAGCAAAUUACUCAGGUUUCACAAGCUAUAGUGGAUUAACAAGUUAUGUACCACCGUAUAUUNAUACAAUUGGGUAUCGAGUGUUCUUGGGCAUGAACCAGUANUUUGUUGCUUCAGAUGUUGGCCAUGGAAAGAUGCAAUGGUAUGCUUUCCAUGCGGAACCCCCAUCAAAUGAUCCUUUCCUAGAAGCAGGUAAGAAGAGGAGGCUUUUGGAUCUCUUUGGUAAUUGGUGCAAUGAAGUGAUUGCACUAAUAUCAGAAACACCAGAGAAUAUGAUUCUGCAGAGGGAUAUAUAUGACAGAGACAUGAUCAACACUUGGGGAAUUGAUAGAGUGACUUUGUUGGGUGAUGCAGCUCAUCCAAUGCAACCAAAUCUUGGUCAAGGGGGUUGCAUGGCAAUAGAGGACUCUUACCAAUUGAUUCUUGAGCUUGACAAGAUUGCUAAACAUGAUCCUGAUGAGUCUGAAGUUAUCUCAGCCCUUAGAAGAUAUGAGAAGAAAAGAAUUCCAAGGGUAAGGGUGUUACACACAGCUAGCAGAAUGGCAUCAAAAAUGCUAGUCAACUAUCAACCCUACAUUGAAGUCAAAUUUUGGCCCCUAUCAAAGAAUGUAAGAAAUAUGCAGAUAAAGCAUCCUGGCAUUCAUGUAGCUCAAGCCCUUUUCAAGUUCACUUUUCCACAGUUUGUUACUUGGAUGAUGGCAGGGCAUGGGUUGUGGUGAACACACAUGCAACAUGAUGAAAUGAAAAAGGGUCCUCAAUUGUAACAUGAUAAUAACAGUUGAAGUAGUAUUUUUUCUAUUAUGUAUAUUUGAGAACACUAUACCAUGCCAUGUGUUGAAGAUGAAAGAAAGUGUAAUUAUUGAUUUACAUUGGUAUACAUCUUUGAAAAAUUAAAGCAAACUUGAUUUUC